UGCCAACGGGUUAGGCGCGUAUGUUAUUCUCGCGCGUGCCGCCCGGCAGACAGACGAGGUCGUACUUCUCGCACUCCGUACCUGUUAUCCCACGGCGUCUCGUAUAGCCCUGGCGAUCACAGCACAACGUUACCCCUUAACUAGGCUGCAUAACUUUCAGCAAGUAAGGGAUAAUACAUCGACGCAUACAAAGAUGUGAACAUCACCAUACUUGGCACCUUGACCUCAAUCGAAUAGGACGCCCGGACUGCCUGCAUGCAACAGCGAGCAGAACAGCGAGCAGAACAGCGAGGUAACAGUCUACAGAGCAUGUGUAUGUGCAUAAGAGCGAAUGCGACGCACCCGGGCCUUGGCAUCGGGUCGUUGGACCACCGACAGGCCCCCACUUGACCCUGGCUCGAGGUUACAGAGCCGCCUUGUCGCCGUCGUUUUCUACGGCGUAUAUGUCAUCGGUACCAAGAUUCGCCAUAUCCAGACGGGAGAACGGACACGUGAGGGUCGCCUGAGGACAACGGGCACGCGACGCACGGGCCCCAGCGCAGCGUCGUGUCGUCUCCUCGUCGAACCUCUUCUCGGUUUGAGGUCGGCAGCACCUAACGAGCGAUGCGUCGCCGCCGGUUCCCUCGAUUCGACAGGAAGCGCAUACAAGCGUACAUACUCAUACAGCAUGCGCACAUGCGUACAUACUCAUACAACAGAUACCUACCUAGAGGGGAAGGACGGCGGGAUGGAUCGAGAUGCGUCUACGACGGCGCUAAGCGAACAACAACGUCGGUGGCAGGGGACUUGGCAGCUACUUACCAUGUGCAUAUAUACAUACAUCACUGCGAUCGGAAAUUAGUGGGAUGGGAGGCUACCAGGUGUGGACACUGGCAAUGUGGUAUUACCGGAUCGUGCGCGCCAAACCGAGAGAGGGAAUUAAUUAAGGGGAGAG